GAGUCCAGGGAGGGACCAGCUCUGAGGCAAAGCCUGCAUGUGGGUGUUCUUCCAGGAGAGGGCGCUGCAAACAGACCGGAACCUCCAGAUUUAUUGAUAAUAGAAACCCUGACCUAAGGAGAGCACAAAUGCUUCACAUCCAUUAUCUUCCUUAUUUCAAACAACUUUGCCACUUGGGCUGGUCAGGAUUUCUAAUCUCCACAUUGUAUAUUAGGCAACUGAGAUCCAGAAAGUCAAGGUCAUCCAGAAAGCUGGAUGCAGAGACAGGAAGGGUUCAGUGGAAGCCAAGGCCUGUUGGAGGGUGUGUUAGGAAGAGUUCAGAGAACAGUUUGUAUCUUCUCCCUCUGUACUGUUGUCACACAGCAGCCCCCAGCUUGGAAGGUAUGUGUGGGAGGGGGAGGUGUGUGGGAAGAUGUCUCAUAAGGUCCCUCUCAUUCUGACCUCCCAGGUCUCCUGGGGCCCCUACUCUGGGGAGGAUGAGGAGGCAUACUCUGCGGAACCAUUGCCAGAGCUCUGCUACAAGGCGGAUAUCCAGGCCUUCAGUAGGGCCUUCCAACCCAGUGUCUCCCUGGUGGUGGCUGCACUGGGUCUGGCUGGCAAUGGCCUGGUCUUGGCCACGCACCUGGCCGCCCGUCGGGCUGUCCGAUCGCCCACCUCUGCCCACCUGCUCCAGCUGGCCCUGGCCGACCUUUUGCUGGCCCUAACCCUGCCCUUCGCUGCAGCAGGGGCUCUGCAGGGCUGGAGUCUGGGAAGUGCCACCUGCCGCGCCAUCUCCGGCCUCUACUCAGCCUCCUUCCACGCCGGCUUCCUGUUCCUGGCCUGUAUCAGCGCCGACCGCUACGUGGCCAUCACGCGGGCUCUCCCCGCAGGACCGAGGCCCUCUGCUCCAGGCCGCGCGCACAUGGUCUCAGCCAUCGUGUGGCUGCUGUCGCUGCUCCUGGCGUUGCCUGCUCUCCUUUUCAGCCAGGACGGGCAGCGGGAAGGCCAACGGCGCUGCCGGCUCAUCUUCCCCGAGGGUCUCACGCAGACGGUGAAGGGGGCAAGCGCCGUGGCGCAGGUGGUCCUGGGCUUCGCGCUGCCGCUGGGCGUCAUGACCGCCUGCUACGCGCUCCUGGGCCGCACGCUGCUGGCCGCCAGGGGGCCGGAGCGCCGGCGUGCGCUGCGCGUCGUUGUGGCCCUGGUGGCGGCCUUCGUGGUGCUGCAGCUGCCCUACAGCCUCGCCCUGCUCCUCGAUACGGCGGACCUGCUAGCUGCCCGCGAGCGGAGCUGCCCUGCCAGCAAGCGCAAGGACCUGGCGCUGCUGGUCACCGGAGGGCUGGCCCUGGCCCGCUGCGGCCUCAACCCCGUGCUCUACGCCUUUUUGGGCCUGCGCUUCCGCCAGGACCUGCGGAGGCUGCUGCGGGGUGGGAGCUGCAGCCCAGGGCCUCACCCCCGCGGCCGCUGCCCCCGCCGGCCCCGCCUCUCUUCCUGUUCGGCUCCCACUGAGACCCACAGUGUCUCCUCCUGGGGCGACUAGAGCCUCCUGCGGCAGAGACCGAAAGCCACCGCCACCAGGGGACAGAAUCCAGGGAAGGCCCGGAGAUGGCGCCGAUCCUCCAAAGGUCCUACAAGCCAGCCACUGGGGGCCAACCUGGAACCCUCCACCGGAGACCGCGGGAAUCGCCGCUGAGUCAGCAACGCACGCGCGCGCCCGCUGUCGUCCUGGCCCCGCCCCGUCCGCGGCCCCGCCCCGCCCGGUCCGUUUAGCGCUUCGCUUAACCCCUUCAGACACAGGACCUCAGGCUAUAUUCCCCGAGAGGCCUCCACUCUCUUCGAAGACCGUAGAAUUCCCUUGAAUCUUAAAUCACUCUCCCCACUGAAGUUCAGUGAGCUGUGCGCUCGAAAUUAGAUUUAAUUUCCGACCUGGGUCUGCACUUCCCCGACUCUGCCUCAGCUUCUGCACCUUAAAAAGGAGGUGACUGUAGACCAAAGAAUUGGACUACUCCAUCCAGGGGCGGAGGACCGCCUCCAGGGCUGUGCCUGGCGCAGGUAGCUAAAGAUCGUUCCUUUCUCAGGGACCCCGAGACGAGACAGGGGUUCAGAGAGCUGCAGUCGGGGCCUUCCUCUAUGCCCCAUGCCCUUCGUUCUCCAAUGCUCCCUCUCGAGAAGGUUUUUAAUCUGCUGGUUGGUGAGCCAAGAGUUAAAACAAGGGCAUGAAGGCGGGCUUCCGUGACAUCACCAGCACUCCGCGUCCGACCUCGGGGACGGGGGCGUGGCUGACAUCGCACCGCCCCCUCCCUCUUUAUUCCUCAGCUCCUCCCCGCUGUCACCAAGCCAGGGGCACAUGAUGCAACCCGCCGAGGUUUCAGUGGCCUGAUUGGUGGCCGCGCCCGGCGCCAGGCACAGGGAUUGGGCAGGGGAGACUGUGACGAAAACUGCACCCUGCCCUGUAAAGAAGGGAGGAGAGAAAGAGAGGGAAAGGGGGGGCCCUCGGAGGGGAGGGGGCUGGGGAGGCGGGGUCCCGGCGCUGUGCUCGCGCUCCUAGCGCGCCA